CAUCGUAUCCACCGGAUAAUGGCUAUCGCUGAUCGCUCAUUUUUAAAGUAGAGAAUUGUUUUAGAAUUCAUUAAGUUUAAUUUCAUUUUAUGUUGUUAUGCUAGUAAUAGUAUUCGAAAAUAUUUUGUAACUCUAGUCUGUGUAUUUAAAAUUUAGUUUUUCGUGUAAAUAUGCUCCCGUUGGGGUCUUAUGGUGUCAAAAUAAUACAUUACUGUAAUCCUCAUUUAAUUUGGGUAGACAAAGAUAAUGUUUUAGAGCAAAUUGGUAUCUAUGGUAUUGUACCACAUGGAAAAAGUUUAGCAUUCAAUCCAGAAACAAAUUCAUACUGCUACUCGGAGUUUGAAGUUGACAAUUGGCUGCCAGCUGCAAUGAAUCUUAUGAAGGAAUUCUUUGCAGAUGCAACUGAUAUAUGGUUUUCAGUGAUACAUUUGGAUGAUGGUGGUAUAUUCGACGGAAAGCACAAAUAUGGCGAUAUUUACGCCAAAACUAAGUCUGGUCUAAAAGUUUUGUCAAAUAUUCUAACACAGUCAUCAUUUGCAAUGAUUGAUAAAGAUUUGUUUCAUGAGAAGUUGUCACAGAAAUUGUUCACUAAACUGAACUAUUCAGAUACUUUAUAUAUUAUCAGAAAUCUUAAUACAUAUUAUAAAAAAAUCACGAACAAAUUUGAGUUGUAUGAAAAAGAUUUAUCUUUGAAUAAAGAUGAUGUGCUGGACGAGGUUAAUUGGAAAUUCAAAGAGAAAGGAAUUGACAAAGAUUGCCAGAAAAUAGACAAAAAACUGAAGAAUAUGAAGAUGUUAAAGAAAUUGGAAAUGUUGAAUAUAAUGAAGAAUGUGCAGGCAGAGACAGGAAUUUCAUCAGCGAAAGAAGACAAAGAAUCUGAAGUUAACAGAAAAGAAGAAAUUAAGAAUGAAAGUUCAAUAGACAUACCAAUGCAAGAAAAUAAAUGUAAUGUAGUAGAAUCUGAGAAAGCUUCCAAAAUUGAUGAUAGUGAAGAUGUUACGAAUGAUUUAAUGCAAUAUAUUGAUGCAAAAUAUCCAAAAAGAAAUAUAGAAAUAAAUAUAAAAACAAAUAUAGAAAGUAAAAAUGUAAUAAAAGAUGACAAAACUGAUUUAAAAGUUAUAGCCUCUUCGAUGUGUAGUUUUGUCAAAAAAAUAGUGACGCCAAUCGUAAUGGUGCAUUCGAAAUUAAAAAAGAAUAUAAAACCUAUAUUUAAUAUGCGGGACGUUCCAUUCAAUGAACAAAUACAGAUUGCGUUAAAAAAAAUGUCCAUCACGCAGCCAAUGGCGAUACAGUCCAUCACUUGGCAUACGAUUCUAAGGGGACAUAGUAUUUUCAUCAUAGGCCCUAAAUUUUGCGGUAAAACUAUGGGUUAUCUGCCAAGUGUCUGCCGUUUAGUCAGUGAUGGGACACCUGAAAUCACCAACAGCGUUGGUCCCAUAGGCAUCAUUGUUUGUGCUUCGGCUGAAUCCGUGACACAAAUGGAGAACAACGCUAAAAUGCUUUUUAGAUUUAAAGAACGGAUUCUGGCUGUUUACCCUGGGGUAGAUGAUUUGUUUAUUGCGACGACUCUUCUGAAUGGGUGUGAUCUGUUAAUAUCCACACCAUCGGUGUUAGUUCGAUUGCUGCAAAAUAAUGAUUUCGGUGUCGACUUACGCAGAUUCAGAAUCAUCGUUCUAGAUGAUUGUGAACGAAUGAACGAAGUAUAUAGAAGAGAGAUUAAAUUCUUUCAUCACAAAAUUAAAGAGAUCGAAAAGGCGAGGUCAAAUAAGGAGCUUAGAGUUCAAUAUGUCGUUGCGUCAAGGAUUUGGUGUGAUUUUAUGGAACCGCUUGCGAAGAAAGUCCCUGAUACUGUUAUAAGUAUCAGUGCGUUCCCGGAAUGCGUUAUCUACUCUAAAGCGAAAAUGACAGUUAGCUUUGUGAAAAAUGAUAAAAUCGGGUGUGUGUUAGAGUUUCUUGACGAAAUUGAUGCAUCUAAAAAAGUGGUGAUUGUGUGCAGAUUGGAUGAUGAGGUGAAAACUCUGGAGAAGGUGUUGAAAUGUCGCAAAAAUUACAUAUUUGCAAGUAAUAAUGAAAUGUCCUUGUCGGAUCUUCAGAAUAUUAAUUCGGCCUGGAUUGAUUAUGACGCACCAUUGAUAGGCCCGAUUCUUAUUUGUACGGAUGAGAAUUUGUCCCAUCUCAACAUCACCGAUGCAAAUUAUCUCGUCCAUUACUCUUUACCCAAAGCGUAUUCCUUUUUUAGGAGACGAUUUUUCGUUUUGAACGACAAGUACCCGUCGAUAUUUCAUUCUAACAACGAUUCUGUCAAAAUUAAAAUUAUCCUUGAGGAAGUGAAUACGGAGAAAUUGCCGAAGAUUUUAAACUUCGUAAAGCGAUGCACUAAUGAUAUUCCACCUGUUCUGGAUGAACUCCGCAAUAAGAUACUCGCUGAAAAGGAUUUGACGAAGGCUGAAGCAUUGGUUCCGAUUUGCGGUAACCUAUUAAACUUGGGUUAUUGUCCAGAGUUCUACGAUUGUCGGAAUCGUCAUACGGUAUUAAAGCGCUACGAUGAUCCGCCGAAUUGGAUUCCUCGAAGUGGGAUUGUUAAUUUUAAAAUCAUUCAUCUCCACACAGCCGUUAAUUACUCCGCUCGCCUGUUAACUCACAUUGAGAAUAAUAAAGAGAUCAAGUUCCCCGCGAUGCACACACUUUCUAUUAAACUUGGCAUGUAUUUCGGUAAUAUUGCGAAUAGACAACUACACGGCAUACCAAAAGUUGGUGAUAUCUGCGCUGUGGCGAUAAAACUGGAUUCGUUCGCGAGAUGUCAAGUCGUAAAAAUUAUUUGCCGAACUCGCGGUUCAUACAGAGUGUUGAUAAAACUAUUGGACGAGGAGAAAUAUCAGGAAACAAGCGAUGUAUCAUUAUAUCAUUUGCCGGAGAGUCUAAUUUCUAUUGAAACGUAUACCGUGCAAAUUCGUCUGGUUAAUCUCCAACCGAAAGAUAAUGAUGUGACGUUUUCAGCACUGGCUCUAGAUACCGUCAAAAGUCUUGUUGAUGAAGUUUCUCACGUAAGAGGCCGUAUUGUUGGUGUAAUUGGAAACUGUGUUUUUCUUGAUACGUUAGAAGCAUGCGAAAACCUUAGAUCGUUAAACCAAGUUGUUGUUAAGCAUGACUUGAAAAGGGAACUUCUGCAAAAGCAUGCAGAAGAAUGUCCUGAUCAUAUUAAUAAAAUUAAACAGCUGUGUGGUCCAAACUUCUCAAUAGUCACCACCCCAGCGAUGAAGAAAAAGAAGAAAGAGAAUGUUGGCACCUGGGCGCAUUUGAAUAUUGGUGAAUUGGAGGGUGUAUUUAUUACCAACGUAAUAAAUCCUGAGCAAUGCUUGUUACGUGUUAGCAAAUUCGAACCGUGCAUGCAGGUUUUAUUAAAAGAUAUUGAAACAUAUAUAGACAGCAACCCGGAACCGUUGAUAGAUUUGGAAGUGGGUGAUAUAAUACUGGCAAAAUUUCCUGACGACGAAAUAUACGAACGCGCGAGAGUCGACAAAAUUGAAGGGGACAUUAUUAAUUGUUUCUUUGUGGAUCAAGGCGACUCGGCGAAUAUUCAAUUAAAAGAUGCCAGGCCUAUAUCAGAUAAAUUGAUUAAUAAACUGCCUUUCCAAAGUAUUGAAUGUCGACUAAUAGGUAUUAAACCGGUUGGAAAUCUUUGGACAGAUUACUGUAAUACAUGGUUAUCGAACUACGCGGAUGAGGGAACAAAGCAUUUCUUCGCUAAACCUUUCUAUAAACAACCAGCCAUCACUACCGGUGGCAAUAAAUACUCCAUCGCAUUAGUAGAUACAAGUACCAGCGCUGAUAUUAUUAUUAAUCAAUUAAUGCUGGAUUUAAAUAUAGCAAGCACAUUGGAAGAUGAAAUUGAUUACCUUAAAGACGUCGUGCCAAACACGGAAACACCCGAAGAUUGGGAAAAGCUAGACAAACCUACACCAGAUAUUACAAAUGCCUCGCCUACGCCUAAACUGAUACGAUCAGUGCCUUUGAUUGGGUCUGAUUGUGAUUCAAACCAAUCAGAUCCCUGGUCAAUAUACAACAUGGCUGACUUUGCCUCCCACUUAAAGCAAUCUCAAAACACAAAUCAAGCUAAACAGAAUCUUCCAAUGAUACAACCUUUAGCCGAUAAUGCAAAUAAACUAAAUACAACUGGUGAAACAAGCUCCAUUGAUCUCUCAAUAUCUAAGAGAAACGGUUCAGUUUCCGACGACACCGCGUCUUCGAUAAUACCACAAUGCGCCAUCUCUGAUGAAGCAAGAUAUCCCAAGUUGCUAUGGCGACAGGAUAAAGCGUUUGUGCAUAUAAAAAUACAACUGAUUGGCGUAGAAGAAUACGAAAUGACAAUAAAGGCACGGUCAAUAAAAUUCUCGGCACAUUUGCACGAGAAGAAGUACGCGUUUGACUUUGAACUUUACGGCGUUGUUGAUACGGAAAAAAGUUCACAUUCCAAUAAGGGACAAUAUAUUUUGGUGAAGUUGGUGAAAGUUUUGCAAAAGAUUUGGGGUACUCUUGGAAAUUUCGAGAGAAUUAAGCGAUGGAUUGUCUAUGAUGUUGACAAUUUGGAUGCGUCGUCUGAUGAAGAGGUUGUGGAUGAUUCUAUAGUAUCAAUUGUUAAUGGAUUACAUGAGGAGGAAGAUGCAGAUAGUGAUGAUACGGAUUUUAUUUGUGAUUAAAUAUAUGACAAUGACCAAAAUUUUAUAUGUAAGUGUUAUGUGUGCCUUCGAAAAUCUUAGUGGCGUCUAGCCCGUUUGUUAUUUUUUAUUUAAACUUUUAUUCCAUGAAGAUCUGGAGAUGAUCUGAUGAUGGAGCCGAACUCGUCUAUUAAGAGCUGAUUACCCGAUGUUUGGGCUGAUUUUUAGAUUUUCACUUUAUAAAUAAAUGUAUAUGUAAUAAAAUAAAAAUGGAAUGGAAUAUAAAUUUAAUUAUAUCUAUUCACAAAAGUACAAUUCAAUAUUAUCUUUUAAUAGAUACAGUGGUCCGUCCAUUGCAUCGAGGUGCCAGACAGUUUAUUAAAUGUACAAACUUUACGACUGAAUUCGGGCCGCUAGUUAAACGACUACAUAGUUAAAGUCUAGGCUGUUAAUUGAACUAGCUAAUUAAGCUAGUUGGCUGCGACAUAUAUAACGCCACAUAUGUAAUAAAAAUCGGUUUAUACAGAGUUUAUAAAGAUUUCAUUCGAAUUUUAGUAUGUACACGCGUUAGAAGUUAUACUUCUUUGGCGUAUGGAAAAAAAUUACUGACAUGCAGUAAUGAUUAACGCAGUAGUAAAUACUAUCACCGUCGUAUAUGAAAAUGAUUUAAAAACACCAAAAUAAUAUUUUUUAUUCACACUGUUUAAUUGUACUGUUACGAAACAC